AUCCGUUCUUUCUUGUAACAGCAAAUGAAAUCGCUGAUUUGCAGAGCAGGGAUGUAUCACUAUUCACUACGUCUCGGACAAAGAUGGAGAGACACUUCUCGGAUGGCUGCUAGGGCGAGAAGAGCACCAGUCAUCACUUCUUUCGAUCGCAAUGUCGCAGCAGGUAUUUCUGUUGAGCAUAUCUCCCCAAGCCCACCUCGUUUUUGGUUACCCUUUAGUUAUAUGAGUAGAAAUUUUAGUGCUUUUCCUGCCCCUCUUCAGUCUCAAAGGAGUAUUGAGUAUAGCAAUCGGAGGUUGUUUAAAUCUGGGUUACUUGAUAAUAUUGACAGGCUUGAUGAUGCUUUGGAUUUAUACAAGCAUAUGGUCGGCAUGAGGCCUCUGCCAUCUGUUAUUCAAUUCACCAAAUUGCUUGGUAGAGUAGUUAAGAUGAAGCAAUACUCUGCUGCAAUUUCCCUUUACAAGGAUAUGUGUUUCUUGGGCUUUCCUAUUGAUGGUUAUCCCUUGAAUAUAGUGAUUAACUGUUACUGUCUGAUGGGUUGGGUGGAUUGUGCUUUUUAUGCUUUGGGAUCCUUAUUCAAGCGCGGUUAUGCACCCAAUGUGACCACCUUCACCACUUUACUUAAAGGGCUCUUUGCGCAACAAAGGGUUGCCGAGGCACAAGAAUUAUUCAAGAAGAUAAUAUAUGAAAGACUAUGCCAACCCAAUGAGGUUAUGUUUGGGACUGUAAUAGAUGGGCUGUGCAAGGUUGGGAACAUUCACGUUGCCCUUGAAUUUCUUAGGAUAAUGGAAAGAGGAAAGUGUAAGCCCAAUACUAUCGUGUAUAGCACUAUCAUUGACAGCUUGUGUAAGGAUAAGAUGGUUGAUGAUGCUCUUGCCCUUUUUGCUGAGAUGAUUGAUAAGGGCAUUUCCCCAAAUGUCAUCACUUAUACUUGUUUGAUUCAAGGCCUAUGUAACAAUGGCAGAUGGAAGGAGGCUAAAAAGCUUUGGGAUGGAAUGACUGAUUUUGAUAUUUCUCCAAAUAUUUGUAUGUACAACAUGUUGGUUGAUAUGCUUAGUAAGGAGGGACAGAUUAAAGGUGCGGAGGGCAUUAUUAGUGUCAUGAUUAAGCGUGGUGAAAAUCCUACUACCAUCACCUUCACAACACUGCUAGAUGGAUAUUGUUUACAGGGCCAAAUGGGUGAGGCAAGAAAAGUUUUUGAUCUAAUGAAUGCCGGAGGACCGGGUAUUGAUAUUCACAGCUAUAGUAUUUUAAUCUACGGAUAUUUCAAGAAAAAGAAAGUGGACAAAGCUAUGCAGCUCUUCAGAGAAAUUCCAUCUAAAGGUUUGAAAGCUGAUAUUGCUACUUAUAACAUAGUGCUGCAAGGUUUAUAUGGGGCAGGAAGGUGUGCCACUGCAAAACAAGUUUUCGAUGAUAUUCAAGCUGCUGCACUAAAACCUGGUUUUCACACUUAUUGUGUCAUGUUAGAAGGUUUGUGCAAAAAUGGCCAUAUUGAUGAAGCAUUUCUAUUAUUACAAAAGAUGGAAAGUGAUGGUGUAGAACUUCAUAUUGCUAUGUUCACCAUCAUCAUAAAUGGAUAUUGCAAAAGUGGGAAACUGGACAUUGCACUAAGUGUUUUCUGCAGUCUUCAUAGUAAAAAAUUGCAUCCUAGUGUUGUGACUUACACAACACUGAUUAAAGGACUUUGUGAAACAGGAAAGCUAAAGGAAGCUGAAGGGUUUCUUGUGAAAAUGAAAGCUGAUGGUUACUUGCUAGAUAGCCGUGCAUACAAUACUAUUGUUCAUGGAUUUCUUAAAGGCGGUGGAUAUGCUGAGGCAAAAAUGCAUCUUGAGGAAAUGUUUGGGAAAGGUUUUUCUCCAGAUGCCUCCACUGUUUCAGUGUUACUGGAUUUAGUUUCCACUGAAGGAAUUAAUCUUCUUGAUACAGUUCUAAAGUUUCCUCCCAAUCCCCAUGGGGAAGUACAUUGUAAGUCUUCAGAAUGAAGAAUUGCAUCCUGAUGUUGUAGCUGCAGUAUGAUGAUGAUACAUGGCCGUUAUGAAAUGGAACUGAUCAAGGAAGCUAAAGAGUAUCUUAAGCAAAAGGAAGCAUAUACUUGUCCAUCCAAAGUCUCUGCAUAGGGCUUACUGCUCGUAGGUAUCUCAGAGAGGAUAGAUAUGCUGACACAAGAAUGCAUAUUCAUGAAAUGCUUUCAGAAGGUGGAUUAUAUUGUCUGAGAGUCCCUGAAGAGCUCAUUUGUGUGGAAAUGGUAUGAAUGGACAAAUUGGAAAAUAAGGUAUGGCACAGAAUAUUUCUCUUUUCCAUCUUUGCUGGAUUAACUUUACCACUGAAUCUAUGUUUAUCAUUUGAGUCUGUAGUAGUCACCAGAUAGUCAGUCCAGUUUUACGUUUUAAGUAGUGUAAUGGCUAACAUCUUGUACCAGCUGACGUCUUAUCCAAACUAGUUUGAAAACUUUGUUUACCAAACUUGCUUAAGUUUUAUUUA